AGGCGGAGCAACGCUGUCUAUUUUCAACAUUACAACUUCAACAUUACAAAAGAAGUAAAAGUGCUUUGCAUUGACCAUCCAUGGAAGAAUGUGGGUGUGCAGAGGGCAGGAUACAAGGCUGAACCAUGUGUGCAUCCUCCCAGGUGGUUUGUGCUUUACAAAUGGUGUGAAGAGGUGAAGUACUUCCAGUUUCCGGGAGAGCUGCUAAUGAGGAUGUUGAAAAUGCUCAUUUUGCCCCUCGUCGUAUCCAGUUUGAUGUCAGGUCUAGCUGCCUUGGAUGCCAAGUGCUCCAGCCGUCUGGGCAUCAUGACCAUCUCCUACUACCUCUGGACCACCUUUGUUGCGGUGGUAGUGGGCAUCGUCAUGGUUUACAUCAUCCACCCAGGUGGAGCUGCACAGAAGGAGGACUCAGACGAAAGCAAGAAGCCGAUGACGAGCUCUGCUGACGCUCUGCUGGAUCUUAUCCGCAACAUGUUUCCAGCCAACCUGGUGCAGGCCACUUUUCAACAGUAUCGAACCCAGAGAGUCCCCGAGCUCAUCCCCAAACCCACAGUGGCUCAGCUCCUUGAUGAGACCACCACGCGGAGGAUUUACAUCUACGGCAUCCAGGAUGACAAUGGCACUGACGUCCAGAACUUCUCCCUGGAUCUCACACCGCCACCUGACGUCAUCAUGAAAACAUCACCUGGUACCAGCGAGGGCAUGAACGUGCUAGGGAUUGUGAUUUUUUCUGCUACUAUGGGAAUAAUGUUGGGAAGAAUGGGUCCCAAUGGAAGUGCUUUGGUCAACUUCUGCCAAAGUGUGAAUGAGGCAGUCCUGAAGAUUGUCGCCAUCGUUAUCUGGUAUUUCCCCUUUGGGAUCGUGUUCCUGGUUGCUGGAAAGAUCCUAGAGAUGGACGACCCUUCAGCUAUGGGGAAGAAGCUUGGUUUUUACGCCAUUACAGUAGUGAUGGGUUUGAUACUACACGGUUUAUUCAUCCUCCCGGCCAUGUACUUCUUCAUCACAAAAAAGAGCCCCAUUGUUUACAUCAGAGGUAUCCUACAGGCUCUGCUCAUCUCUUUGGCCACCUCAUCCAGCUCUGCCACUCUGCCUAUCACCUUUAAGUGCCUCCUUGAGAACAAUCACAUCGACAGACGAAUCAUCCGCUUCGUGCUGCCUGUAGGAGCCACCAUCAACAUGGAUGGCACUGCACUCUACGAAGCCGUGGCGGCCAUCUUCAUCGCUCAAGUGAACAACUAUGAGCUCGACUUUGGACAGAUCAUCACAAUCAGCAUCACUGCCACCGCAGCCAGCAUAGGUGCAGCAGGAAUCCCUCAGGCUGGACUCGUAACCAUGGUGAUCGUGCUGACCUCAGUUGGACUGCCCACUGAUGACAUCACUCUCAUCAUUGCUGUUGACUGGGCGUUGGACCGAUUCAGGACCAUGGUCAAUGUGAUGGGUGACGCUCUCGCCACAGGCAUAAUGGCUCACAUAUGCAGGAAAGAUUUCGUCAAAGAAGGAGAGCAGGUGCCUCUGAUCUGUGAAACGAAGCCCAUGAUAAGCAUCCAGCAGAUGAUGACCUACCAGAACCAAAAGAAUGGAUGCUACCAGCCGCCCCCGCCAGGCUCCAAGCAGGACCACCACAACCCGGAUGUUGCACGGCUGAUCCAGCUGGAGGAGGGGAUCAGGCCGAUAGAGAAGAAGAAACACGCACACGUCUCCCACCACAAGAGAGAGCACAGGGACAAGGACCACUGUGCUGUAGAUAUGAACGGGCUGGAGACUAAUGUAUAGAAGCAGCCGCCCUGCUGACAGUGACUGGCUGCUCAUCAAAAAAUGAAAGAUUGAGGUGACACAGUUCACACACUGUUUUUCCUCUCUGAAAAGGAGAGCGGUCCAGUGUGUAUGAAUGCAGACAACCCUGAAGAAAAGGACGAUUUUUUCUACAUAUCCACCCACAUUUGAUUGUGUAUGUUUGUCUGUGUGUACAUAUUUAUCAGAAAUGUAAUAUUUGGUACCAGCAGUGAGUGUGUGCUGCUGUAGAUGCCUGAGCUGAUCCUUUAUUCGGCCAGAUCUGUGAGUCAGCCCAAGUUAAUGGAUUUUAAAAGAAGAACGCAUCAGUUAUGAUCAGAUGUCAUAAAAGGAGCCUCUCCCUUUGUGGACUUUGGGGAAGAGAAAAACACAUUAACUCAUAUCUCUUUUUAUUUAUUGUGAUCUGGCCUGUUUUCUUUUUAGAAUAUUAUUGGUUGGGGUUUUGUAUAUUUCUUUUUUUUUGUUGUUGUCAUUCUGUCCUCUUUGAUGAAACUCAGGAAAAAUGUUGCCUGUUUGGAGCAUUUUUUCAAAAGAUUCACUGACUCGAUAACAAACACAACACAGAGACACUAGGAUAAGAUUAAAGACUAUUUAUUCACCCCCCAAAUGCAACAGUUUUUACCAAUUCAGGAUCAGAUUUUGGGGUCAAAAAGAGAUGAUCUCUAAUUCCCCAAAUUCUCUCAGCAUCACUUUUUUCCUGCACUUCUCUGCCUUGUUGUCCUGAGUCUCAGUGGGUACAAUGCCUCAUACAUACCUGCAGUACUGUACGGUUUAAAAAUUAAAGUGAUGAUGAAAGGAA